AUGUCGGGACUAAAAGAAUCUAUUUAUGCUCUUGACUGGAAUAACAACACAGCAGUUGUAAUCAUUACCCUGAUAACCUAUGAAUACAUGCUUCAGUUCGAGAAAGAGGUCACGUUUGUUUGGGAAAGACAGUGGUCUGUGAUGGCAUAUUUAUACCUUGUUGUUCGAUAUUUUGGUAUUGCCCUUGCAAUGAUUUGCGCCGUCUGGGGAGGUCUAAUUUAUAUACCUGAAACACCGUACGUCAAAAGUUAUGGUAUGCUUCUGUUCAUGCAAUGGGGUUUUUCUCUAUAUUUUUGCUUGGCGGAAGUUGUUCUCAUCUGGCGUCUUUACGUCCUAUACAACCAAUCCAAGAUCAUACUUUAUGUUCUACUGGGGUUGUUCCUACCUGUCAUCGCACUCUAUAUAUCAAUGGAUGCCUUUUUAUGGAGUCGACGCUCAGCGAUGUCAGUGCAAGAAGUAAUAAUAACUCCAAAUGUGAAGUACUGCACGGCUACCCACCACAUCGGGCCUAUGCCUGCGAUAUAUGCUUCCAUCCCCAUCAUAUGCUAUGACAUUCUCCUGGUUGUCCUUGCUAUGGCCGUCCUCGGGAAGCACCUGAAAGAACGAAAGGAACUUAGAUUGAAGCCUAGCACCUACAUAGUAAUGAUCGUCCGGUAUCAUGUCAUAUACUUUGUCCUGAAUCUGGCAAGUCAAAUCAUCAUGGCGAUAUUGUGGGCCCGCCCUUCGAUAGUGGUGCUGAAGCUCGUACUAUUGUAUAAGGAUACCGCGCCAUUAAUUAUCGUGCCACGUUUUAUCAUCAGCAUUUGGGAUACGCAUGCCAACGAUAAUUGUGUACAUGUCAGUACGACGUUCGAGGAAUGUGUCUGUUGGACUUCCCCACCGCAAUUGGAGCAGCUCGAGACUGACCAUGUUGCGAAUUGA